AUACACACACACCAUAUAGCCACUUCACUUACAAUAUAUCCCAACAUCCACAUUUUUCUUUAAAUAUCCAAAUGAACCCCAUUAACCCAAAAACAAUAAAUAUUUAAGUAGUACUAGUAAUAGUACUUCUUCUCCUUCGUUCCCUUGACACAUAAAUCCUGGAGAUACAAGUAUUUAGUUUAUCCACUGCCAAAAAAAAUUUAGUUCACCUAGUAUUUGAUCAAAAAGAAUGAGAGGAGGAAUUUGCACAUUACAGCAGGCUCUUACUGCUGAGGCUACCAGCUUAGUAAAACAAGCUGUUAGCCUUGCAAAACGGCGAGGCCAUGCCCAAGUAACUCCUCUCCAUGUGGCGAGUGCCAUGCUUGCAACCUCCACAGGGCUUCUUAGGAAGGCCUGUUUGCAGUGCCAUUCUCACCCCCUUCAGUGCAAAGCCUUGGAGCUUUGCUUCAAUGUGGCUCUCAACCGCCUCCCGGCAUCUAGUCCUAGCCCAUUGUUAGCCCCACACUAUGUUAAUCCUUCCUUCUCCAACGCCUUGGUUGCUGCCUUCAAGCGCGCUCAGGCUCACCAGCGCCGUGGUUCUGUUGAGAACCAGCAACAGCCUAUCUUAGCUUUAAAGAUAGAGCUGGAACAGCUUAUCAUUUCUAUCUUAGAUGAUCCGAGUGUUAGUAGAGUGAUGAGAGAGGCUGGGUUUUCUAGUACCCUGGUGAAAAGUAGAGUAGAGCAAGCUGUUUCUAUGGAGAUUUGUUCCCAAAGUCCCGGUAGUAAUGGUCAGUCUAAGGAGAGUGUCAAGCCUCUUAAUGGUCUUGGUUCUCACGUGUCUCAGUCCAUACCUUCUAGUCAGUUUCCGGUCUCGGUUAGCAAACCCUUUGAUCAAAUUAGACAAGAGGAUGUGAAUAAUGUGUUGAAUGUCAUGUUGAACAAGAGAAAAAACACUGUUAUUGUGGGAGAGUCUUUGGCCGCAGCAGAGGGUAUAGCCAGGGGAGUGAUGGAGACGUUUGAGAGAGGAAAUAGUUCUGGGAAUUACAGGUACUUGCAGUUCAUCAGUCUUCCUCUCUUCUCCUUAAGAAAUAUCUCAAAAGAGGAGGUUGAGCAGAAGCUGAUGGAGCUUAGGUGUGUUGUUAAAAGCUAUAUGGGAAGAGGGGUUGUCUUGUACUUAGGUGAUCUCUCAUGGGUUUCUGAGUUCUGGUCCAGUUGUUCCCAGCAAAGAAGAACCUCCUACUUUGCCAUGGAGCAUAUAAUCAUGGAGCUUAAAAGAUUGGUCUCCGGAAUAGGGGACACCAGUGGUAGAGUGUGGCUGAUGGGAAUCUCAACCUUCCAAACUUACAUGAAAUGCAAAACAGGCCAUCCUUCACUGGAGACGAUUUGGGAACUUCAUCCUCUUACAAUCCCAGUUGGAAGCUUGAGCCUAAGUCUCAAGUUUGAGAGUGAUGUGGAAGCUGAGGUCAGUAUCAAGGCAUCCAAAGAUAAGUCUGGUCAGCUACUGCUUGAAACUGCUGAAGAGAAUAAGCACAUUAGUUGCUGUACUGCCGACUGCUCCUGUAAUCUUGACAAACGUAAAACCAACUCCAGUACUGUCUCAACCUUACCCUCAUGGCUCCAAAAGUGCACAGAAGAGAGCAAAAGAAACGCUACUAGCAAAAAUCAGGAAUAUUGUAUCACAGUUGGGGAUCUAUGCAAGAAAUGGAACUCAUUUUGCAGUUCAGGCCCUAAGUACUCCAACUUUGCUGAAAAACCCUUCAACUUUUCAUCAUUAUCUCCUACAAAGCCUUUCUCAUCUCACGAUUGCGACCUGGGACUGCAUGAUCAGUCUCACCAGAGCGGGCCAGUUACUUUAGGGCCCAAACAGUCACCAAAAGAGUACCAAUUCUGGGUUUUGGAAAACAGUGACGAUGGCUAUGAAAGCAAUGUGAAAAUGUUCAUUCCAGAAGGAAACCAUGAAUCAGCUGCAGCUAAACCUGAACUCCUUUCAAAUCCCAACUCGAGUCCAAAUUCAGCUUCUUCAAGUGAAGUAAUGGAGGAGGACCAAGACGAAGAUCUUCCAAGUUUCAAGGAGCUAAACUCCGAGAACCUGAGAAUUCUUUGUGAUGAGAUGGAGAAGAAUGUGCCAUGGCAGAAAGGUAUCAUUCCUGACAUUGCCACAACCAUUCUUCAGUGCCGGUCAGGAAUGAGCCAAAGGAGAGGCAAAUUCAAACUCAAGGAGGAGAAAGAAGAAAGCUGCUGGCUCUUCUUUCUUGGUGCUGAUUCCAAAGGGAAAGAAAAGAUUGCAAGAACGUUGGCCAAGCAAGUUUUUGGCUCUCAAAAUGAGUUUGUCUCGAUUGGUCUGAGCAGCUUUUCAUCAUCAACGAGAGCUGAUGAUUCAACUGAAGAAUAUUCCAAGAACAAAAGGACUAGAAAUGAAUCGGGUUGCAGUUAUGUACAAAGGUUUGGUGAAGCAGUGAAUCAGAAUCCACAUAGAGUGUUCUUCAUGGAAGAUUUGGAAGAAGUUGACUAUUAUUCUCAAAAGGGUAUCAAGAAUGCCAUCGAAAGUGGAAGAAUAACACUUCCAGAUGGCGAAACUGUUCCCCUCAAGGACGCCAUUGUCGUUUUCAGCUGUGAAAGUUUCAGUUCAGUUUCCAGGGCCAGUUCUCCCACAAGAGGCCAAAAAUUAUCUGAUCCAGUAAUUAUCACAGAGAAAGCAGAUCAGAAUAAUAAUGAUGGGGCUGACAUGGAGGACAAAAGCCCCUGUGGUUCACUAGACUUGAAUAUUGCAUUUGAAGAUGAUGACGAUGAAGAAGAUCAUCAUGAUGAGGAUUCAGAUUCCCACGUUGGUUUAUUGGAAGCUGUUGAUAGGAAAUUUACUUUCUUGGUUUAAGAAUUUUAACAGGGAGGGAUGGGAUUUAAUUUAUUAUCAGUUAACUUUUAAUUGCAGUUUUUUUUUUCUUUUUUCUUUUUAAUUUAAGAAUUACAUUUUAGGUUAUUACAAGUGCUUGGUUGGUGGUAUGGUAUAUGGGACUCACCUAGGAAAACACAAUGUUGUUCACUUUGUAUUUUUACGUGCAGAAGAACAUGUGACGAAUAUAAAUAGACUGAGUAAUUAAUUAAAGACAAUAUGUAUAUUUCUCUCUA